CAGGAUUGGAGUGGAAGUUAGGAAACUUUAAAGAAAAAGAAGCAUUAACACCAGACGCUCACUUAAUAUAUACAAAUUCUAAAGGAGAACCUUCAAUUAGAUUUACAGAUUAUAAUUAUGAAGCUCAAAAAGACUUUGAAGAAGAAAGUACUAUAGAAGAAAUGCCUUUAGAAGGAAUGAAUAUGGAAAUAACAUUAGAAGAAGAUUAUGCAGUAGACAUAGCUAUAGAAAAAGCAAAAGAAAUAUGCAAAGAAAAUAAUAAUAGACUUUUUACAUGUAAAGGAUGUAAAUUAAAAGACUUAAAUUUAGAACAGACCAUAUCUCAUUUUAAAAAAUGUAAUCAAAGAAAUGAUAAUAGAGGAUAUAGAUUAGAAAAAGAUUUACAAAAUAAGUUAGAAAAAAGCAGUAAUAUAAUGACACAAAUACAAGACGAUGAUAGUGAAAUAUCCGAAUUAGAAUCUAUACUUAGUCAGAAAGAAUUAAUGGAAACAGCUAGUUCUAGUAGUCCAUUUCAAAGAACAAAUGAACAAGGACAUACUGCAGACAAUAGCACAGGAAAUAUACCACGAAGAAGAGUAUAUAGACAAGGAGAUACUCCAACAAUAGAAGUAAAACCUAUGGGAAAAAGAAUGCCUAUAGAAGAACCAAUAAUACUCCAAGAGGGAGGAAGUAAAGGUAAAAUCUUAAAUAUAGCAGCACAUGAUCCACAAAGGUGGAAUUCAGUAAUAGACUUAUGGAAAGGAAUAGUAGUAGCAGACUUUAUAAAAAAUUAUACAGAAACUGAUGCAGAGACAAUGUACAAAUACUUAGAAACGUUUUUAGGAGAAUCAACUAAAGCUUUAUGGGAAGCUUAUAAAGUAGAAUUCCCAUCAGAAUUUCAGUAUUUAGUGUCAUUAGGACCAAAUCCUUAUAACUUUACAAAUAAAGUACAUACAUUAAUAACAGGGGAAGAUCCAAAUAGUGGAUUAUUAGCUUUACAGCGAAAUGCUGUAAUAAAAUUAGAACAAUUAAGUAUAAGUAAUUGGUAUUACAUAAAGAAAUUUUUAAAUGAUUACUUCUAUUAUUGUACAAUCAGUGGAAAUGCUUUUGAUCAAGACUUAGGCAAAAAAUUAUUUAAUAAACUACCAGGAGCCUUAGGAAGAGAAAUAGAGGAAAGAUGGACUAAAAGAGAGGGAGUAAUACAAAACCCUCAAGCUAAAUGGUCAAUAGGACAUAGAAUACAACAUAUAAUGGAAAUACUACAAGAAAAAUGUACUAAUCUACAAAUACAAAAACAACUAAAACAGAAUGAAAUGAAUUUCUGUAAAGACAUAAUAUAUACAACUCAAAGUUAUGAUAAAGACCAAUAUAAAAAGAAAAGAUAUAAAAAAUACCAUCCACAAAAUAAUAAGAGAUAUAAUAGGAAAGGAUAUUUUCUUAGAAAAUCCUCAGCAAGGAAACCAUAUUUAAAUAGAGAUAGACAUGUUAGAAAAUACAGAACAGAUAGAAAUUAUAAAAACAAGCUAGAAUGUUUUACAUGUGGAAGUAUAGAACAUUUAGCAAAUACUUGUCCUAAAAGAUAUAAUGCUAAAACUAGAAAUGCACAACUAGUAGAAGAAUUUAAUGAAGCAUUAUUAAAUGUAGACGAAUAUAUGUCAGACAAUGAAAGUAUUUACUCUAUAGUAAGUAUUGAUAUAGAUGAAAAUAACAAAGAAGAAGAUUCUUCUAAUUCAGAAGGAGGAGAAUUAAUUAAUGAAAUCGGAAUAGAAGACUUGAAUAUAGAUAAUCUAAAAAUAAAUUUUAUGAAUAUAGUAGAAUGUGAACAUGAUUUUGAAAAGGAUACUGGAUUAGAUAGUAAUCCAUGUAACUGGUGUAAAUGGUACCCAAGCAAACAUAAAAGAGCUAAAUGUAAUAAAUGUUUUAUAGAAGGAUGUAUAAAUUGCAUAGAGACUCAAUUAGAAAUAAUAACUCAGAAAAGAAAAGAAAUAUACACAGAUGAACCUCUAGUAAACUUAAAAGUACUAGUACUAGAAGCAAAAAUAAAAGAAUUAGAAGAAAGAAUAGUAAGGUUAGAAAAAGGAAAAAAUAUACAACAGGAACAACCAGUAGAUAAUCAAGAAUUAAUGAAUGAAGAAUCUAAUACUUUAAUAUGUAAUGAAGACAAAAACAUAAACACUAUCAAAAUAUUAGCAAAACUUCAUAUUGGAAAAUAUGAAAUAGAGACUUUAGCAUUAAUAGACUCAGGAUGUACUAAAAGUAUUCUAAAUAAAAAGAUUGUACCCAUAGAAUUAAUAAAAACUUUAGAAAAACCACUCGCAGCCAUGCAAAUGGAUGGAACACAUAAUAUAUAUAGACAUUAUAUAGAUAAAGCUCAAAUAAGUUUCUUAAAUACUUGUUCAGAAUUCUAUAAACCCACCUAUAAAAUGGAUAAAAUAUGGGUAAGAGAUCUGGAUAUAAGGGUAGAUUUUGUGUUAGGACUAGAUUUUAUAUUACAUAACAAAGGAGGAAUUUUAAUAACUAGAGACGGAAUACUUUUUAUGAAAAAUACUACUCAUACUUCAGUUUUAACUAAUAAAAUUGAAACUAAAUUAAGACAAAAAGAAAAAUGUUGUGAAAAUUGUAAAAAUGAUAGAGAAUGUAAUAAAAAUAAUUAUAAUAUACUAUAUGAAAAUAUACUAGACAUAGAAGAAGAAGACGAAAUAAUUAAUAAAAAUUAUGUUUUAAUAGAAAUGGAAACAGAACUAUAUAACUUUAAGACAGGAAUACAGAAAAUAGGAGAAAUAAAAAAUCAACAAGACUUAGAUAAUAUAGUAAAAAUUUUAGAUGAAAUAGAAAUAAUAGGAGAAAAACCCUUAAAAUAUUGGGAAAAUAAUCAUGAAGUGUGUAAACUAGACAUAAUAAAUCCAGAAUAUAUAAUUAAAACUGCGUCAAUAGAAGCUACAAAUCAAGAUCUAGAAGAUUUUAAAAUACAAAUUAAAGAACUAUUAGAAUUAGGAGUAAUAAGAAGAUCUACUUCAAAACAUAGAUCAACAGCAUUUAUGGUAAGAAAUCAUAAUGAAAUAAUUAGAGGAAAAGCUAGAAUGGUUAUAAAUUAUAAAAGAUUAAAUGACAACACUAGAACAGACGGAUAUAAACUACCAGACAAGACAGAAUUAAUAAAUAGAAUACAAGGAAAAACAUUUUUUAGUAAAUUUGAUUGUAAAUCAGGAUAUUGGCAAAUAAAGAUGCAUCCAGACAGUAUAGAAUGGACUGCUUUUAACUGUCCUGAAGGACAUUUCGAAUGGUUAGUAAUGCCAUUUGGGUUAAAAACAGCACCUCCAAUUUUCCAAAGAAAAAUGGAUAAAAUAUUUGGAGAAUAUAAAAGAUUCGUUUUAGUAUAUGUAGAUGAUAUUUUAGUAUUUAGUAAAAAUAUAAAAGAGCAUUUAGGACAUUUACAAACAGUCUUUAGGUUAUUUGUUAAUAACGGAAUAAUAAUUAGUAAAAAGAAAAUGGAAUUAUGUAAAAAUUAUAUAAAUUUUUUAGGAAUUAUUUUAGGAGAAGGAAAGGUUAAAUUACAACCUCAUAUAGCUAAAAAAGCAUUAGAUAUGCCAGACAAAUUAAAUAGUUUAAAAGAAUUACAAAAUUUUUUAGUUAUAGUUAAUUAUGCAAGACCUUUUAUAAAAGAUUUAGGAAAAAUAGCAGGACCAUUAUAUUCUAAAACCGGAAAUAAAGGACAAAGAAAUUUUAAUAUAGAAGACAUAAAAUUAGUACAAAAAAUAAAAGAAAAAAUAAAAAACAUUCCUGAUUUAAAUAUGCCACUAGAAACAGAUUAUUUAAUAAUAGAAACAGAUGGAAGCUUUGAAGGAUGGGGUGCAGUACUAAAAUCAAAACCACAUAAAUAUAGUAUUAAACAAGAAGAAAAGAUAUGCGCCUAUCAAAGUGGAAAAUUUAAAGAAAAAGGUAAUAAAGCUAGUAUAGAUGUUGAAAUUUUAGCAGUAAUAUAUGGUUUAGAUAGUUUUAGAAUUUAUAUUUUAAAUAAACCAGAAAUAUUAGUAAGAACAGAUUGUGAAGCAAUAGUAAAGUUCCAUCAAAAAAUUAAUGAUAAAACUAGCAGUAGAAGAAGAUGGUUAAAAAUUUUAGAUACAAUAUCUAUUUACCCUUCUAUAAAUUUUGAGCAUAUUAAAGGAAAUGAUAAUAAUAUAGCAGAUCAAUUAAGUAGAUUACUAAUUAAAGUUUAAAUUUUACAGAAUGAGACCUCUACUAUCAGACAAAGGUAAAAAGGUUCAACCUUCAACCCCAGGUUUGGCAGACUCUUAUAAACAGACAGUACUAGCUAAUUUACAUUUUAAAUCAUUAGAUAAAAUAGACGAUAUUAAAGUAGAAAGAAUGCAGUUUGGAUUACAAAACCUAAUUGCAUAUGGACCGUCAAACUUAACUUUUAGACAUUUACCUAAUUGUCAAUUAGAUAAACAACAGACAUGUCUUAUAGAUAACAUAUGGAUAGCACAUAAUAAAAAAGAUACUAAAUACAUAAUUGCUGUUCUAAAUGCUUUAGGAUACUAUUUUACUAAUAAAAAUAAAGACAAUAAAUUUAAAUAUUAUGUAGUAGUUCAUGGUAAGACAAAUGGUGUUUUCCAAACAUGGAUAGAAGUUUUAGACUCAAUUAAAGAUUUUCAUAAACCACUUUUCAAAGGUUUUAACGAUUUUACAGAAGCUUUAGACUAUGCUAGAGGAAUUUUAGGACCAAAUUAUUAUAUUUCUCCAGCUCUUAGACAAAACCCAGAAAAAAUCCCACAAUAUAACAUCCAAAAAGACACAGACAAAAUUAUAUUUUGCGACCAUUGCUCAUCCAUGACUGAAGCAUUCAAAAGGCUAAAUUUAAAAAAUGAAGCCUUAAUAGAAGAAAAUGCCAAGCUCAGAGAAAAACUUAGCAAACUGGAAAGCAAAGGUAAGAAUAUACAAACUCAGACAGAUACGCAGGGUUUUCCAUCCCAAACAAAAAUGGAUGAGAUGGGUGUGCAUUCCCCACUGAAUGCUAGGAAAUCCACUGUAUCGGAUAAUGAUACAGCUAGUCCGGUUCAAACGGUGGCCGGUAAAGACUUCUCAAACCCGUUAAUGGCUGUCACUUUGCCAAAAAGUGAGAAAGACGAAAGCUCAUCUUCAAGAAGAAAAUUACCACUCUCAUUUAACCAAACAAUCAGACGAAAAGUUAAAAAAGCCCAAAAAAAUAAAGAGUUAGAAUUCCUAAUAACCCAGACUGUAGAAAAACUACUCAAACAAAAACAAGAAAAAGACAAACAUAUAAACCCAAGCCCAAUACAAAGCCCAAGACAAAUUUCUAUUCCUAGCCCAAAUAAUUCGGAUAAUUUUGAAGACUCAAUACAAUUUGCCCAAGACCCAAAUGAUGAUGACUCAGGAGCAAGUUUUGAUUCAAUUGCAUUGCAUAAUCUAGACACAUAAAAAAAAAAUAUAUAUAUAUAUAUAUAUAUAUAAUAAUAAAUAUUUUAAAUAUUAUCUUAUUAUAUUAUUACACUUAAGAGAGGAAUGCCUCUUUAGUCAAAAAAUGUGAGUCCCACUUUACUCACUACCACACAUGUGGAAAAACUGUUGGGACGCGUCGUAUUCAAGAAAAAAGAUAAGAUAAAGGAUGUUGAAUCAGAUUCCAGAAACAAUAAUGCAAGAAGAAGGGGCAAUAACUUCACGAUGGGGCCCAAAUGCGUACCCGGCUGAAGUGAUAAGAUUCCCUUUUCCAUUUGAAAUCCGGAGUUUGAAGUCCGAAGACACCUAUAAAAGCAGACGUUAUCAAGACAAGAAGGAGCAGAAGAGAAAAAAGAAAAGAAAGAAAAGACCCACUACAAACACUCUCAAAAAAUUCCCAAAACUACCUUUUUCAUAAAACUAUCCUUUAGACAUUGUAAAAAGAUUUUCAGAUUUUGGUUCUUUAAGUAUUUUUUUUUUGUUUAAAGAAAGCUUGGAAGUUUUCGGGUUUCCCGAAAGGGAAACUUCACUCUGUUCUUAUAAUCGAUACCGAACAAGACGAGCGAAGAACGUGCAACGAAUUCCACGCCACAAAACUUGAACAUGAACUACCGACCAGAAAACAAAGCAGAGUCUCGAAGAAACUUGGGUAAAACAAUGGUAAACGAGAUGAUAUAGGGACUCUCAGAUCGAAACCAAAGACAUCGCUAAACAGGACUGCGAUAGCCUAGACUGUGGGUUAUAUGUUACUACAUUUGCCGAGUAUAUGAGUGACCAAAUCAAUAUAUCAUAUGCUGAUUUUAGUCAUGAUUACCUACGUCAAAGAUAUGGAGCAUUGCUGUGGAGUUAUGGAAGCGAGAAGGCUAAGUGCGGAUAUGUUAGUGACAAUGAUUAUCCACCAAAAUCUAGGGGCGUAGUCACACCACAACCAGAAGAAGAUUUAGUUCACAUAGUUAAUGUUGAUUAAUGAUCUGUUACCGUAAAUUAAGCUGUUUUAGUUAACAAGUUUAAAUGUUCCAUUUUUCCCCAUUUUUUUUUCUUAACAAGUUGACCAGAACAUUCAUUUGUUGCUUUAUAAAAAACAUUUAAAAAAUCAAUCAGUUCUUUUGUA